AUGGUUAGAAACUACAACUUUGGCAUCGAAAUCGAGGCCGUCGCCAAGCCGUACGGCGGCGGUGAGAGCUUCACCAACGUCGACUGGUAUCGCCAACUCGCCCAGAAGCUGCGAAACCGGGGCAUCGAGGCCGUUCACGACGACAACUCCAGGUACAGCAAGCACCCCGAGUACUACGGAGGCAAGUGGUUUGUGACCAGAGAUGGCUCCUUGAAGAGGGAGCGGCCCAUGGUCUGCAUGGAGGUCGUCUCCCCCCGCCUCGACACAACCCAAGAGGUUAGCAGCAUCCUCGGCGAGUUCUGGGAAGCCAUGCGCGUCCACUUCAACCCCCAGAGGGACGUCUCUUGCGGCGGCCACGUCCACGUAACGCCCGUCUCCCUUCACAACAAGUUCUCCCUGCGAUCCCUCCGUCGCAUCGCCUUCGCCACGGUCGUCUACCAGGACUUUGUCGCCGCCGUUCUCCCACAGGCGCGUCGCCAGAACCAGUACUGCCGCCCCAACUCGCAGAGCGAAGGAUCGGGCCUCCACGACACUCUCAUGCUGUGCGGGAGGAGCAAUGCCUCCAUGCACAAGGUGGCGACUGAAAUCAAGGCCAAGGGGUCCGAGACGGAGCUAUACUUUUACAUGCAGGGAAACCGCUACGUGCUGUGGAACUUUCAAAACAUCUUUCCCAACCCCAAGACGGGCAAAUGCACGGGCACGGUCGAGUUCCGCGGCGGAAACCAGUUUCUGAGCACCAAGGGGACGCUGGCAUGGGUGGCAUUUGUUUUGGGAUUCAUCACGCUGGCGAUUCAGGAGGAUCUGCUCAACAACUUCACCUCGUUCACCUCACAAAAAGACCCCAAGUUUGAAGCUCGCCUCCAAGAUUGGUGGGUUCGCAUCCGCAAGGCCGCAAAGAAGUCCAAGCUUGCGAGAUACCUCCCCGAGGACUACACCAAGAUGCACACGAGGUAG